CCAGCUAAAAGUAACAAUCAAAUGAAGGAAAUAAUCUUAUGUUCAACUUUAUGUUUACAGAUGUUUGAUUUGAGGUUCAAUUGCAAGCUGAGACAGAGACGACGAUGUGGGCUUCAAACAUAAUACAGAGUUUUCUGCAUAUUGUGGUUUUAACUGCUGCCAUUGUCGUAGACAAAACAGCAGGCCGUCAAGCUGGCAUGGGUCGGGUCAAAAAUUCUCUUUCAACAAGGUUACAAGAAACUUACGUGACUAAGUCUACAACGGCCGUACGGAACAACGUUCGACACCAGUAUGAUGACACUCAUAAACACGGAGCGCUUGACAACGCCAUGGCAACAAUACGACCUGCAACCGAGGAUAUAUGUAACACCAGUCUUUCUCUACACUGCCUUUGUCACCAAAUGAGAGAAAGUUUCCUUGUGGACUGUUCGCACAAAAAUCUUACAUCUGUUCCAAGCAACAUCCCGAAAGAAGCAACGGAAGUCAAUUUAAGUGAAAACUGGAUAAAAGACAUUUCGCCUGGAUCUUUCGAAACUCUGGUCCUUUUGGAAAUAUUAGAUCUUUCCGAGAAUCGCCUUUCGCGAUUAGUGUCGGGAACAUUCUUGGGGUUAACCCGGCUAAAACAUCUUCAUCUAAACGGAAAUUCCUUGAACAUGUCGACAUCUACGUUUGACAGUGACGUCUUUGUACCUUUGUCAAAUCUGACGUAUAUGAACUUGAAAUCGCCGUCUUACUCAAAUGACCAAUCAUUCAUGUAUCCGGAUACAGCGUUAAGCACUUUGAAAUCUUUGGAAACUCUUCUUAUUAACGGAAUAAACAACAGAAUAUUUGGGGAAGGUUUUCGUCGGUUGACGUCAAUACAAACGCUGGACCUGUCGAAUUCUCCGCUAUUUACGUCAGUAUCUGCAUACACUUUCCACUAUUUCCAGAACAUUUCAGUAAAAAAUUUAAUACUGAGCCAUUGCAAUCUUAGUUGGAUUGACAAAGAAGCCCUCAGCAAUCUUCGGAAUUUAGACACCAUUGACUUCAGCUUUAACGAGUAUCUGGAAAUUAAAGGCGUAGGGAUGAGCAUGUAUGGCUUGCAGCAUUCCAAUGUUCGGCGGCUGAUUAUGCAACGCGUCCACGCCAAACCGUCGCUGACUGCAAUAUCUGCAGACGACCUUAAAUACAUCGCUAAUACCGAACUUGAAGAAUUAGACCUUAAUAACAAUUCGAUUGGUCAGCUUGGAGAAGGUGUUCUUACGGCGUUACCGUUGUCACUCAGGGUUAUUCGUGUUUCACACAACAACAUACACACGUACAACAGACAACUCCACAAUCUGCUCCGGAUGAGAAAAGUUGAAGAAUUCUACGCAAACGAUCAAGAAGACAAUGGAGUACAGCGUAGUCCUCAGUCUAAGGAAACUAUGCGAAAGAACAUUUUAGACAGAGAUAGCAAAAUUUAUGAUUACAUCUCCGUACAAAACAGUGAGAAUGGAGCAGUGUUUUACAAACUGUCAUUACCGCCUAAGCUAUGGAUGGUGAACUUCGCUCGAACCUACAAGUUACAGUUUACGAUUCCUGCCGUACAGUUGGUCGACUCCUCUAUUAGAUAUGCGUACUUAGCUCAGAAUGAAUUGAAUAGAUGGGAAGGACCUGUAAAAGGGGUGGAAAGCCUGCUGUACCUCGACUUAACAGGAAAUAACUGUGAUUACGUCUCUGAGACUUUUUUCGCCCACAUGUCAAGCUUAGAGACAUUGCUCAUUGCGCAAAAUCGUCUGGGAAACGGCUUGGGGGACGAAACCUUCCGUAACCUUACAGCUUUAAACACUCUUCACAUGCAUGAUAAUCAGCUGAAAGCUGUAAGUCUUAAUCUAUUCUCAGGACUUACCAAUCUAACAAAUCUGAAAUUAUCGAACAACUACCUGUCCAGCUGGAAUGCAAGCAUCUCUGAACUAGUCAAUCUGAAGAGCUUCAAUAUUUCUAACAACAUUUUCCAUUCGCUGCCUAUGGCUCUCUGUCGAGACCUUGAUGUUAUUCAGAGCUUUGGUACUGUUCACAUCGAUAUCUUUGGAAAUCCUCUAAAAUGUGAUUGUAAUACACAGUAUUUUAUUGAAUGGGUAACAACAACGCACGUCAGUAUAGUUAACCUGAACCUCACAUUUUGCUCGCUCGAGAAUGGUACAUCUGUGUCUUUAUCAAAGAGCAGGUUUGUUUUAGAACAUCUGAAACUGCAAUGUCGUUCUUACACUGGUCUGAUAGGUGGGACAUGCGCAUGCCUAGCUUUGUUUUCAAUAAUCUUAUUGGCUGGGGUUUUACAUCGUCACCAAUGGAAGCUCAAGUACUUGUUGUAUAUGGCCUCCAACUGGCGCAAGAGGACAGGGUAUCAGUCUCUCCAUGACGCUGAGAUAACUCCCUAUGGAUUCGACGCCUUCCUGUCUUACGAGGACUCCGAUCGUACGUUCAUACGAGAGCAAGUUAUACCCCGCCUUGAAAUAGAAGCUGGCUUAAAACUCUGCAUAGACAAACGAGAUUUUAUCCCCGGACUUUAUGUCACUGACAACAUUCUUCAUGCCAUCCAGAACAGUAAGAAAACGGUUGUUUUCCUCUCUCGGAAGUUCCUGAAAAGUAAGUGGUGCAUAUACGAAAUGAAUAUGGCCCGAAUGGAAGGAAUCCACAGCGGCAGAGAUGUCCUGGUAAUGGUUCUCACCGAGGAAAUACCAACCGGCGAACUAUCUGCUGAAAUGAUAGAUGUCAUCCACAACCAGACAUACAUUGAGAGGACCAGCAACAGGCAUGGCGAGGCACUCUUUUGGCGGAGACUAGUGUCUGCUGUAAAAUCUACCUAAACCACAUGGUGUCCCGUCAUAUUUCACAUGUGAAAAGGAGGGAUGUGU